AUGGUCAAGCUCUCGUUCAUUGAGGAAAUCAAGGAUAAGGCAACACGCCUUAUUCCUACCCCUUACAUGGAGAUUGUGGAGGAGUGCACCGCCUCACACCUCCUCAUCCCAACCUACGAACACGUCAAGUUUCUUUGUGAGACGGUGAACAAGAAACCCGAGACGAUCGUUGACGUUGUGCGAGCGCUGCGGCGCCGUAUAGCGUGUCCUGAUGUCGCCAUUCAGCACCUGACGAUCCAGCUCCUCGAGUCGAUGAUCAAGAGCUGCUCUACAUCUUUUCACAUCGAAGUGGCAUCCCAAAAGGGCCUUCUGCGUGAUCUUGUCACUGCCGCGUGCGUCCAACCGACAACCGGCCGAGCGAUGCAAGCCAAAGAGGCAGCGCUCUUGCUGACACUUAACCUCAGCAUAUGGUUUCGCGGUCACCCCGCCGAGGAGAGCUACAUCCUCACGACACUAGCCGACGACGUCCGUAAUCAGCUGGGCCCGAAUUGCUUUGAGGGCCUCAAACCGGAAAGCAACACACGCAUGAAGGUGGAGGUUUAUGCCGCCAACCAUAAUCGACAGCAGUUGGACGUACGCGCGAGUGGUGACCACAAGGUCCACGGGACGCGCUCACAGGGCCAUCGACGCCAGAAGCAUCAUAUUGUGGACGCCAUUCCAAUCGACCUCCCCACCUCUGAGCGUGUCUCGGCAAUGCUAGAGGCGUGCAUGAGCUUCUCUGAGUAUGUGAACAACACCGAACUGAAUCGCGAGGUGUCGUUGCGCGAGGAUGAAGUUGUGCAGAGCUACUUGUCACAGGUGCGUGAGGAUCACAUUUACGUUACAAUCCUACUCUCCUCAAACCUGCAGGUCGACCGCGAUUUGCUGCGGACCGUCGCUGACAGUCAGUCAGCUGUGUUGGCGAAGGUCGAGAAGUCGACGUCACGUCCGCACGUUGACGCCAUGCUGGAAAAGAAGUCAACGCUGCCGCCAGUACCACAGCAGACGCUAGUGCGCUCUGCUGGUGACACGGAGCAGCAGUACAGCAACUCUUCCACUUGGCAAGGGACGACGAUACCACCACGCCUGACACCGCCACACGCUAAGGUACCGAGCGAGAACACCAACGUGACGAGCAGCUCUCCUGUGCCGGUGGCCGCGCCGCCCGCCUCCAGUGCCGUGUCGGAGGCGAACUUGUUUGGAGAAAUGCAGCCUGAGCCACAGGUGGCAGAGUCCAUGUACAUACCACCUGAGUCAUCGUCGACUGAGCAGGUUUCAGCAGCUGCGCCGGUUCCUCCGGCGGCGCUCCAUGAGGAGACUGCCCCUGUCGCUGGGCCUGCUUUAGAGAGCUCCGUGGAGCCCACGCCCAACUUUGUCGAUGCCGCGGCGCCGCUGUCAUCCAUAGGUGCAGAGGCAGGGGAAGGGGUGAAGGAAGAGGAGGCGCCGGUGUCCGCUUCGACGGUGGAUCCUUCAUCUGCACCCGCCCUAACGGCCGCGACCUUAAAUGGCGAUGAUGAUUUUGAUGCCUUUCUUGAGGGUCGCACGAGCGGGUAA